AUGGCUACUGCAUCUUCAAGUCGCACAAUGUAUGCACCAGCGAUGACACCGACAGAAAAGGCCGGAAAUUUUUUUGGCGUGGACUUCAAGCGCUGGCAGCAGAAAAUAUUCUUUUACCUGACCACAUUCAGUUUUCAGCGCUUUAUCAGCGAGGACGUUCCAGUCUUGGGAGAAAAAAAUCCGGAUAAUGAGCGCGUCAUGGAAACUUCGAAAGAGUUGUGGAAUGCUCUUGAAAAGAAGUACAAUACAGAAGAUACUGGACCUAAAAAGUUUUUCGCCGCAAAGUUCUUGGACUUUAAAAUGGUUUUCAAUAAGUCUGUCAUAACUCAGGUCCAAGAAAUGCAAGUCAUCGUUCAUGACCUCCUUGCCGAAGGUAUGAUCAUAAAUGAAGCAUUUAAAGUUGCGGAAUUUAUUGAAAAGUUACCUCCAAUGUGGAAGGACUUUAAAAACUACUUGAAACAUAAGCGCAAAAAGAUGACGUUAGAAGACCUUAUUAUUCGCCUAAGGAUUGGAGGGGAAAACAAGGCUACAGAAAAGAAGUCUUGUGGAAACUCAACAAUAAUGGGAGCAAAUAUUGUAGAGGAAGCUUCAACGAACAAAAAGAGAAAGAAGCCGUCUGGACCAAAGAAUUACCCAAGCAAAAAGAAGUUCAAAGGUAAUUGCCAUAAUUAUGGAAAGGUUGGGCAUACGGCUGCUAAUUGCCGUGCACUAAAGAAGGACAAAAAGAAAAGCCAAGCAAACAUGAUUGAGAAGAAUGAAGAAAUAGACGAUUUGUGUGCCAUGGUUUCUGAAUGCAACCUAGUGAGAAAUCCUAUAGAAUGGUGGAUUGAUUCUGGGGUAACUCGUCAUGUUUAUGCUAACAAGGAGUUGUUUACUUCUUAUGCUCUCGCUGGACCCGACGAGACAAGUUUUAUGGCAAAUUCCGCUACUACAAAAAUUGAAAGAAGGGGCAAGUAG